GAGAUCUUUUUCUUUUUCUUUGAAUAAUUAGGGAUUAUAUAUUUUGCAUUUAUACAAAAAUUAUAGACUGAGAUAAUUCGUAAAUAGUAGUUUCUAACAGUUAGAGAGAGAGUGAGGUCAAGGCUGAGCUACAAAAAGUCUACAAAUCCCAAAACUCCAUCGAAGCCGAAGAAGAAGAAGAAGAAGAAACUCCACUCCAUUGCUAGAUCUUCGCCAACUUGAUUAUCUACCUACCUGAAAUGGACUUUGCACGCUUUGAUCUAUGCGGUUGGAGUUGAAAUGCAGCCCAAUUUGUUCCCCUUCGGUACUGUUUUAGGUAACCCCUUUCUAUUCAAUGGCGAUUUGAGUGAGGGCUUUGAGAGCUCUAGGGUUUUCUUUUUGGUUCCCUUUCUAUUGUCACAAGGCGGUGGAAUGGAUUUAUCUAAGGUUGGUGAGAAGAUUUUGAGCUCCGUUAGGUCUGCUAGAUCGCUUGGUCUUCUUCCUUCUACUUCCGAUCGUCCUGAGGUUCCUCAACGAGCUGCAGCUGCUGCGGCUGUUGCUCGUGCCCUUGCAGGUCUGCCCCCACAUCAAAGAUAUAGCCUAUCAUCAAGCUCUGAAGAACUAAGCUCGAUAUAUGGCAGCAGACCUCAGAGUCAAGUGGUGGCAGAGCUAGAAGAAGACUUCUAUGAAGAGGAAUUUGAUCCCAUAAGCCAUAUUUUAGAGAAUGUUCCGUCUGAAGAAAAUGAGCUAGAGUACUUUGAGAAACAGGCUACCCUAAGAUUAGCACAACUGGAUAGAGUAUCGGAACGGUUGUCUCGACAAGUUAUGGAGCAUCAUGAAGUAAUGGUGAAGGGUAUGAAUUUGGUUAGGGAAGUGGAGAAAGACUUAAAGGUUGCAAAUGUCAUCUGCAUGAAUGGAAGAAGGCAUCUUAACUCAUCUAUCAAUGAGGUUUCAAGAGAUCUCGUUGUAAAUUCCCAUUCCAAAAAGAAGCAAGCUUUUCUGGACAUAGUUCCUGUUUUAACUGAGCUUCGCCAUGCAUUGGACAUGCAAGCAGCACUUGAAUCACUUGUCGAAGACGGAGAUUACUGCAAGGCUUUUCAAGUUCUAUCUGAGUAUUUGCAACUCUUAGAUAGUUUCUCCGAGCUUUCAGCUGUACAAGAGAUGAGCCGUGGAGUAGAGGGUUGGCUGGGAAGAACCCUUCAAAAGUUGGAUUCACUUUUGUUAGGAGUAUGCCAGGAGUUUAAUGAACAGAGCUAUAUUACUGUGAUUGAUGCUUAUGCACUUAUUGGUGAUAUCGCCGGUCUUGCUGAGAAGAUACAAAGCUUCUUUAUGCAAGAAGUUCUCUCAGAAACCCACUCUGUAUUGAAGGAUACUGUGCAAGAGGAUCAGGAAGUGCAUAAACAAAAUAAUAGACUCACAUACAGUGAUCUUUGCCUUCGGAUACCUGAAUCUAUGUUUAGGCAGAGUUUGUUGAGAACACUAGCUGUCCUUUUUAGGCUAAUGUGCUCCUACAAUGAAAUUAUGGGAUUUCAGCUGGAGAAUAAGGAUACAGCCAGUCAAACAUCAAAUAGUGUGCCAAGGGAAAAUGAUAACUCUAGGAAUGCAGGAGAGGUCCAGAAAGUUGGGUCUGCCUCUGGAAAUUCCUCUAGAUUUAAUGGCUCUCUUGAUCAAUCUGUAGAUAGAGUUUCUGGUUCAUCUUCUACAAUAGAAGCUACAGCUGUGAAAUCUUUAUCUGAGGAUACUCGGUCUACAAGUUCCGCACAUACAAGUCCAAAUGACUCCAUUGUUGAAGAUACAAAGGAUGAUGGGGCAACAUCAACCAGUGGAUCUCCAUGGUAUCAUCUCCGAAAAGAUGCUACAGGAUUUGUUUCACAAACCCUUCAAAGAGGACGCAAGAAUCUUUGGCAACUCACAACUAGUCGAAUAUCUGUCCUGCUUUCUUCUUCUGCUGUUUCUUCCGCUAGUAUCCACCAAUUCUUGAAAAAUUAUGAAGAUCUCAAUGUCUUCAUCUUGGCUGGGGAAGCAUUUUGUGGAGUUGAAGCAGUUGAAUUUAGACAAAAGCUAAAAAUUGUGUGUGAUAAUUACUUCAUAGCAUUUCACCGGCAGAAUAUACACGCACUUAAAAUGGUUUUGGAGAGAGAAAAUUGGCUUGUAAUGCCACCAGAUACAGUACAGGCAAUCAGCUUUGCUGGGCUUGUUGGUGAUGGAGCACCUCUACUUGCUUCAUCUGAUGGCAAAUCCGGUCACUCCAGAUCUAUUUUUGACAAGUCUGUCAAAUCAGUAGAUACUCGUUCGAAUAAGAGUGGAUUUUCUCACUGGGCAAUAAGUGGAAAUCCAUUUCUGACUAAACUAGUUCAUACUUCCAAAGAAGGUCACUCCAAUCAAUUUAAUGGAACAGUCUUUACUGAACUUGGUGGACAUCUAAAUGAUAAUCUUUUUGAUGAGAAGGUAUCUCCACGAAAGAGCGACUCAAGCCAAUUGAAUGGUACUAAUUCUGUUUUAGAAGAAGAAAAUGAAGAUCUUCUUGCGGACUUUAUUGAUGAGGAUAGUCAACUCCCAAGUAGAAUUUCAAAGCCUAAAGUUCGAAGAAGUCAUUCAAGUUUGAAGGAUGAUGAGUGUGUAGCCCAAACAGGAUCUUCUAUUUGUGUUCUUCGAUCCAUGGAUAAGUAUGCAAGGCUUAUGCAGAAGUUAAAAAUAAUCAAUGUUGAGUUCUUUAAGGGGAUAUGCCAGCUGUUCGAGUUAUUUUUUCAUUUUGUAUUUGAAACGUUUGGUCAACAAAGCAAUAUUUCAGCUGGAAAAGGUUCGGUUGACUUCAUUAGCAGUCGACUGAAGAUGGCAUUAUCUAGAAUAACACAGGAUUGUGACCAGUGGAUAAAACCCUCAUCCUCUACACAAACAUCUUUGACUCCAUCAUAUACACAUGCGGAUGUCACACCAAGUCCCCCCAAUUCAAAUUUCGGUCAUGCACCAGGAAUAUCUUUUGGUCUCAAGGAAAGAUGUGCAGGUGCUGACACUAUAUCUCUUGUUGCUCGAAUGUUGCAUAGAUCUAAAACUCAUCUCCAAUCUAUGUUUCUUCAAAGUAAUACUGCUGUUGUUGAAGAUUUCUACACAAAUUUGGUGGAUGCUGUACCUGAUCUUAUAGAGCACAUCCACAAGACAACUGCAAGACUAUUACUUCAUAUUAAUGGAUAUGUUGAUCGGAUUACUAAUGCAAAGUGGGAAGUAAUAGAUCUUGGGCUUGAGCAUAAUGGGUAUGUUGAUUUGCUGUUGGGAGAGUUUAAGCACUAUAAGACGAGGCUAACUCAUGGCGGAAUUCGCAAGGAGCUUCAAGACCUCCUUUCAGAAUAUGGAAUUGAAAUAAUCGCUGAAACACUAGUUGAAGGUCUAUCACGAGUGAAGAGAUGUACUGAUCAAGGACGAGCUCUAAUGUCAUUGGAUCUUCAGGUCUUAAUCAACGGACUCCAACAUAUCGUCCCGGUAAAUGUGAAGCCCAAGUUUCAUAUAGUCGAAACCUUUAUUAAGGCUUACUACCUUCCCGAAACCGAAUAUGUGCACUGGUCACGCGCUCACCCGGAAUACACAAAAAACCAAAUCAUAGGACUGGUAAACUUGGUUGCCACAAUGAAAGGUUGGAAGAGAAAAACGAGAUUGGAAACAAUCGAAAGGAUCGAGUGAGAGUGAGAGCGAUAACUAACUAUAUGCGAAGGCUUGGGUUCUCUUCAACCAUAGAAAGUAAAAGUAGUCUUACAUUGUGAUUCUGCCUUCAUAUUGUUUUAACCUCAUAUCUUUGUUUUGAUUUGUUUUACUUUCAUUUUUAUCAUUUUUUCGAGGUUUGUAUAUUUUGAUGGGUUGUUUUGAUUUGUAUGAUUUCAUCAAGGUUGUGUAUAUGAGUUCCCAGAAUGUAAUAUAUAUGGCUCUCCUCGAGUGAAGAAGCAUUAAAUGUAAUUUUGAAUUGAACAAAAAAACAAUAAUAACUCUACCAAAAUAAUGGUGAGAAAAAUAGAGUAAUAGUUUUAAUAUGGUAAAAGAAAUAAUAACUUUAAGAAGUAUUUAUUGUUUUUUCGUGGUCAUCAAGUUACUAGUUAAAAAAUAGCUUUUUUAUGAUAAUAAAGGAAAGAAAUUAAUUCACAAAUAAUAAACUUGUAUUAUAUAUAUAUGAAUUAAAUAAAGGUAAAAACACUGAAUAAUAAAAGGUAAGUCAUAACCCUCGAGUAAGCAUCAUGAUUUUUUUAGUGCAAAAACGAGUCUUGGGUUUUGGAAUAGUUCGCCAUUGUUGCGUUGUUGGUUUACAAACAAUGUAUUUUGGCAAGUCAUAACCCUCGAUGCAGAGGAGAAGACCUCAUUUGGUGGCUGCUGCGAUUCUAAUAUUACAAGGAAGAAAAUUUCUCAACGAUAGUUUUGUGGAAGAGUGUGGUGUGGAGAUAUAGUUAGUACAAAAAACACUAAAUCAUCAAUCAUAGACUUAGAAUACGAACACCGGAAGCUAUAUUGGCUCGUUUGUAGAAAAGUUGUGUGAACUUAGUUUCGUAAGUGGCUUCAUUUAUUUUCUUUGAAACCAUUCGACAACAUGCUACUGUUUCUAGGGAAGUUCUAGAUAAUAUUUCGUAUACAAAGAUUUCAAUUGGGAUUUUCAUAGUGAUGAUGAUUUUUGUGAACUAAAGAAUGGAAGGUUGAUAUAUUUUUGUAAACUCAUUAAGGUUGAUUUUUGCUUCUGUUAAUUUACUAUUAAAAAAGUGAGUUGAACAAUGAGAUAAAUCACAAAAGCAUAAGAGUAGUAUGAAAUAUCUCAAUAAUUUUAUGAUUAAACAAAUAUCUCAUAUUAAUAAUAACUCUUACCAAAAUUAUCACUACUACAAAAUAGGGUUUUAGUGACACUCUUUAGUGACACACGCAAAAGUGUGGGUCACUAAAAGACUAGAAAUGAGUUUUAGUGACAUGCACAAAAAGACUCUAAAAUUCAUUGUUAGUGUCCUAUAAUUUGGGUCACUAAAAAUAAGAAGUGUCACUAAAAACUAAUUCUUACAAUUUAUUUUAUUUUUUUUAGUAAAAAAAAUAUUGACUUAUAGUGACGUUCUAGGCGCGACUAUAUAAAUAUGUCCCAACACGCCUAGCGCGUCACUAUAUCAUAUCCAUGAAAGAGAACUUUUCAGCAAAAUAAUGUAUAUUUAAUUACUUUUAUAGGUACCAUUAUUUUAUAUGUACCUAUACUUUUUUGUUAAAUGAAUGUACCCAUAAUUUAUUGUCUUAUUGUUUUUUUUUUUCAAAUAACCUUAUUACCUUUAAUAAAUAUAAUUAAUAAGUAAAUAAAGAAAAAAGAUAAAUAUGGGUUUCAUUUAGCAAACCCUACAUUAUACAGUUAGAAAGGAAACCAGCGGCGCUCUCUUGCCUCCUUCCUUUCUCUUUUUUUUUUUCCUUUCUUUUGAGAUAUGAUCUCUCAACUCCAUCUAUUUAGAUCAAAAAAAUUCUAUCUUCACAUCUGAUGACUCCCUGUUCAAACACCUUUCAAAGACCACCGCCGUCGCCGGCCUUCGAAGGCCAAAGCGACCUCCAUCGGCGGACGACAGACCUUGAAGCCCCAAAAAUCCCAAAGCCUCUCCGCCUAGCACAUCCACUCUGACCGCGGAUCUAAGAUUCGACAUCUCUUCAACUUUUUUUUUCUCUAUUUCUCUCUUUUCUGUAAUGCGUGUUGAACUUGGCUUCUGGGUUCGUGGUCGUCAAGACUGCAACUUGGUGUUGAUAUUCUUUUAGUUUUAUUUUGUUGUAAUGUUCAUUCUAUUUCUGAGUUUAUGGGUUUCAAUUCAUAUCCACUAUUGAAUUUUAGCUUUGCUGAACUUUACUUCUUUUAUAUUAUAUUCAUCAAAGGAAUAUUUUUCAGUGUAAUGUAUUCUAUAUUUGUUUAUUUAUUUAAUUUUUUUUGUAAA